UGCUCAAUUUUAUUUAUUUGUUUGUACAUAAUGUCUGUUAAUCUUGCGAAUAUUUACGCUGAGUUAUUACGUAAAUAUGGGGAUAACUAUACCAUCACAUAUAGUGCGCCACCUACUUAUUUGACCAGAUUGGUGGGCGCGCGCGAGUCAACAAAUAAAAUUGUUUUCUUCUACAAGGAAGAUCGCAGAGGCGGCAUCGCAACAACCACGCCCACCAAGCUUCUAUUGAAAUCGGAGCGUGGAAAAACUAAUACGGAUAUGGAUCUAACUGGGAGUCCACUGAAAGACGAUUGUGCAGUGGACGCCAUCGGCGAUAUCUCCUUGGAGCUCCAGAUUGUCAACAGAAAUCCCUGGAGGCAGGACGAGGAGUAUCAUCGCGGUGAGCUGGUCGAUAAGGCGCGUGCCAUUAUCUGCACCGAGUCGUUCCAGCAGGGCGAUGGCAUGGGGUCCGUUUGGUUUUUGUGCGAUGGCAGCGACUUCGGCCAGACGCUGCUGCUGCAAUACGAAUUUAAUAAAACACACUUUUCGCGCGGCAUAGUCAGCUAUGCAGGCGUUAUGCCCUCCUACAUGGUGACAUCUCAGUCGCUGGUUCGACAACAUGGCAUGGCUGCAGGCGCACAGCUGGAGACAUACAUUGAGAACUGCUAUCAGGUGAAUCAUCACAUGACGCUGUGCUGCAGUUGGUCGACACCGGCGCCGCUACCGCUGCUCAUCGAUCUGAGUGGUUGCAAUGUACUACUAAAUCAAUCGUUUCGCGUCGGCGACUGUGGUCCACUGACGGAAGACUUCAUGAAUCAGCUGCGCAUUUUGGCCUACAUACGCGAGGACAUCGUUAGCUAUCACAAGGACGAGCAGGCGGGCGUUCAUCGCGACCCGGUCUACCGUUGUGGCAGUGGCAUUGACAUGGACGAGCUACGUGAAUCCAUAAACAAAACUAUGACAGAGGUUUCGGGUUUCACGGAUGUCUUUACGGACAAUCACGCUGAGUAUGACAUUGAGGAGGUGGUGCAGCGCGCCAAGCAACGGAAGCUUACGGAUCUAACCGAUCAGUUGUGGGAGUUGCUCAAAUGUUGCUCUUCCUUUAAGGAUCUGAAAAUAGCCUUCAACAUGCUCUUUCAAUGCGCUGUGCGCUGUAAUAUUGUGAAUUCGCCCACCAAUAAAAAUCGACUGGCUGAAAUCAUCUCCAAUCUGGCCAACAGUCGAUUGGCCAUGCCUUGCCUCAGCGGCGCAGAACCUUUGGAAUUGCUAUUGGAGAUCGGUUUGGAAAAGGUUUACAAGGACUAUGAGUUCAUCUUUACGGAAAGCAAAGUAUGCAGCACCAGUUUGUUAAAGAGCAGCAGCGAGUCAACGAACGCAAGUUUAAAUGAUGGCUCCGCAACGAAUGAUAUAUCAAAGCUGCGCAAAUCGCUGCACAAUGCAGUGCGUUCUGACACCCCAGGUGGUGGCAUGCGCAAGACUCUGCUGCACCAUAGCGCUGGCAUUAAGCAACCGGGUGCCAAGUAUCAAAAUGGUGACGUGCCUGGUUUUAAGAAUAGCAACUUUGACGAGCAGGAGAGCAUGUUAAAGGUGUCCAAGCUGUUCCAAAUACACUGCACGCUCGAGCAUCUGCUGAUGAUACACAUUCACUUAAAUUUACCCAAUGUUUAUGCCGACGUCUGCACUCAGCUGUUGAAUAAGCAGCCACGCUUGGUGGAGAGCAUUGAUGAUAACUUAAGCGAUGUGGUGGACAUACAGCUGUCAGCGCAUUAUGUACGCGAGCAUUUGGAUGGUAAGGAACCGCACUCACGCCAAAUAACAAUGAGGUCGCACAACACAUUUAGGGAACACACAACCACAUUCUACUUUAAUCUGGAGAAUAUUUGUCCGCCUGAGCUGGCGCAGUGCUUUCAGUGCGAUGACAAGGAGCUGGUCAAGGAGCGAACCUAUCACUACUGGCUUUACCGCAAGAUUCGCACACUUAAAUGAGCAUGUGACUGUGGAAUUGUUUAUAUCAAUAUUAA